AUGGAUUUAGUGAACCACCUACCAGACCGUUUGUUGUUUGCCGUUCCUAAAAAGGGCCGUUUAUACGAAAAAUGUUGCCAAUUAUUAAGCGGAUGUGAUAUUCAGUUCAGACGUUCCAACCGAUUGGAUAUUGCAUUAUCGACCAACUUACCUAUUGCAUUGAUUUUUUUACCAGCAGCAGAUAUUCCUAUUUUUGUUGGUGAUGGUAAUUGUGAUUUAGGUAUUACUGGAUUAGAUCAAAUCAAAGAAGCCGAUAUGUUUGAUUCCAUUGAAGAUUUAUUGGAUUUAAAUUUUGGUAAAUGUAAAUUACAAAUUCAAGUUCCAGCAGCUGGUGACAUUAAAAAACCCGAACAAUUAAUUGGUAAAAAAAUUGUUAGUUCAUUUACUAAAUUAUCAACUGACUAUUUCAAUGACUUAGCAGCUCAGAAUAAAUCUUCAGAAAAAACCAGCAUUAGAUACGUUGGUGGUUCUGUUGAAGCUUCUUGUGCCUUAGGAGUUGCUGAUGCCAUUGUUGAUUUGGUUGAAAGUGGUGAAACCAUGAAAGCUGCUGGAUUAGAAGCAAUUGAUACCCUUUUAGAUACUUCUGCUCAUCUUAUUUCUUCUAAAAAACCAAAAUUCCCAGAAUUAGUUGAUAAAAUUCACCAAAGAUUCGAAGGGGUUAUGGCUGCCCAAAAAUACGUCUUAUGCACUUAUAACGCUCCAAGAUCAAUCUUGCCAACCUGUUUGGAAAUCACUCCUGGUAGAAGAUCAGCAACCAUUUCUGCUUUAGAACAAAAAGAUCCAAAAGCAGAAGAAUGGGUUUCCAUCUCCUCCAUGAUUGAACAGAAAAAAGCCGGGGACAUCAUGGAUGACUUGAAGAAAGUCGGUGCCUCCGACAUCCUUUUAUUCGAACUCCGUAAUUGUAGAGUCUAA